CCUUCUGAUGAAGUUUUGAAGUCUCAUGGGGUAAAGGACGCACAAGGUAGAGCUACUAGGCACAGUAAACAUGUUCUGGCAUUGGCUGUUAGCUCUGAUGGUCGAUAUUUGGCUAGUGGAGGACUAGAUCGAUAUGUUCAUCUUUGGGACAUCCGCACACGCGAGCAUAUUCAGGCUUUUCCGGGACAUAAAGGACCUGUCUCAUGCUUAACAUUUAGGCAAGGGACUUCAGAACUCUUCUCUGGUUCAUUUGAUCGCUCUAUCAAAAUCUGGAAUGCGGAAGAUAGGACUUACAUAAACACAUUAUUUGGUCACCAGAGCGAAGUGUUAACCAUUGACAGCUUGAGAAAAGAACGUGUAUUGACUGUUGGACGGGACCGUACCAUGCGUUUAUGGAAGGUUCCGGAGGAAUCGCAAUUAAAGUUUCUAGCACCUGCCUCUUCGCUGGAAUGCUGUUGCUUUAUUAGUGAUGACGAAUUCUUGUCAGGUUCUGAUGAUGGAAGCAUUGAGCAUUGGAACAUACUACGCAAGAAGCCUGUUCAUAGAGUAAAAAAUGCACACACCUCACUUAGUGAACACAAAUUUGAACGAGCUAAUUGUGAAGGACUGUCAAAUGGCCACUUAGAAAGCAACACCCAAGGUUCAUCAGCUCUUUCUUGGGUCAACUCAGUUGCUGUAUGUAGAAGCAGUGAUCUUGCGGCCUCGGGAGCUGGAAAUGGUUGUGUACGACUUUGGGCAAUUGAGACCGAGUCUAAAGGCCUUCGUCCUUUAUUUGAACUCUCCCUGGUUGGUUUUGUCAAUUCAUUGGCGUUUGCAAAAUCUGGAAGAUUCCUGAUUGCUGGGGUUGGACAGGAACCCCGGUUAGGAAGAUGGGGACGAGUUGCUGCUGCUAAAAAUGGAGUUGCACUACAUCCACUGGAGCUGUCAUGACACUGAGUUCCAAGUUUUGAUUUAAGUCAAUGAUGGGAAUGUAGAAUGAAAAAGGUGGCAUUAAGUCUGUUCUGACUGGGGAUCAAAUGCUUUUUUGAGAGUUCUUUACCAGCUGUCAAUUUUUGACCACUGCGGCUUUUAACUCUGGAGAGAAGAAGAAACUCCUGUAAUCAAUAGAGAGUCAAGUGCCUGUAGACCAUAUUCUCCCUCGGAGAUCAGAUGGCUGUAUCCCAGGUGUCUGAAAUAAUAGUCCAAACAAGUAUUUAGCUCGACAUGCUGACAGCCUCCAAGCUUUUUAAGUGAACAUCUGCAGAAAUCAAAUGCAAAGACAAUACAUUCUCUCUGGUUUUUCUGGUUGGUCCCAAAAUGUAGGCCUCCUAUUUUGCUUCCAAGAUUUGUAUUUGCUGGACGUUGCCUUGUUUUAUUCUUUCCCCUUUCAAUCAGAUUGGUAAUUUUGUACGUCAGUGCUGUAGUAUUGCUAUUCUUUUUAGUGGAAACCACAGCGAUUUGUGUGUUUCCCUAGCUUGAA